CAUUUAUUAUUAAUUUAGGCCCAGGAACAACCUAAUCCGUCCACUGAAUCUCACGAGACGAUGUUAAAUAAUGAAAAAACCACUAACCCAAAAGUUCCUCAGAAAUGUGAAGUAGAAUUAACAAGCCUUCAAUCCCCUAAAGGUUCCAAUGGUUUUUCUCGUAACAAUCUAAUGGAAGAAGAUACGACUGAAGCGGACAGCGAUGGCAGUGCCACGUUUGACACAGUCCCAACCGAAUCAAAUGGAGAAGAGUCUCGAGAAAUGGUUGGAAACGGUUUCAGCGGAACCAGCAAGGACUAUAUAGUGAUCUAUCUGGCUGCAGAUCAACUCAACCGUCAGCCAUCGGUUGGUCAAACCUCUGAACUGCAGAAAAAGAUUGUAACUAAGGGCGAUUACGAAGAAUAGGAUGAAGACGUCCCCAAAGUAUUGCUCAAUGUUUCAGAC